AUGGGGUCACUUGAGAAUGGACCGAAGGAUUCGAACAAGAAGCGUAUAUAUCUCAAUGCUUUCGACAUGUUCACAGUUGGCCAUUUGUCAUUUGGUCAAUGGAGGCGACCAGGCGACAGAGCUAGUGACAAACGACGAGAUUUGACUUAUUGGACUGACUUGGCCCGUCUGCUCGAACAAGGUGAUAUCAAUGCCCUUUUCAUUGCUGACACAUAUGGCCAAUAUGAUGUUUACAAAAAUUCAUCUGACACAACUAUCGUCACUGGCGCACAAUUUCCAAUGGGAGACCCAGCUGUGCCAAUCUCUGCAAUGGCAUCGGUCACCAAGAAUCUAGGCUUUGCUAUCACAACGUCAACGACAUAUGAGGCUCCAUACACAGUUGCUAGACGCUUCUCAACGCUCGAUCAUUUGACGAAAGGUCGCGUUGGGUGGAACAUUGUAACUUCUUUCAAAGAAUCUGGGGCUAAGGCCAUCGGCAUUGAGCAGGUCGAUCACGACAAGCGGUACGUUGUCGCUGAUGAGUAUUUGCGGGUACUCUACAAGCUAUGGGAAGGAUCUUGGGCCGAUGAUGCUCUUUUGGAGGAUCGCGAACACGGAAUCUAUGCAGAUCCUAAAAGAAUUAAAACAGUCAACCAUCAUGGCCAGUAUUUCAAUGUCGAAGGGCCUCAUAUCUUGGAUCCCAGCCCACAGAGAACUCCAUUCCUGUUCCAAGCUGGCACAUCUCCUGCUGGCAUCAAAUUUGGUGCGACCCAUAGCGAAGGCAUAUUUGUCUCAGGUCUUUCACCUGAGAUACUUGCACCUCGAGUACGAGCAAUACGGGCCAAAGCAACUGAGUUAGGACGUGACCCCCAGUCAAUAAAGAUUUUUGCCGUGGUCACUCCUGUCAUUGGUAGGACGCACGAGGAAGCAGAAGCAAAAUACCAGGAGGCACGCAAAUACGCAAGUCAUGAAGGCGGCCUAGCAUUUUGGUCCGGCAAUUCGGGUAUUGACCUGGGAGAAUUCGACCCUGACACCGAGAUCUCAGAGAGCGAUGCCAAAAUCGAUGGUCGUGUGCAUUCCCUUGUAUCCAGUCUUCAGUACCGUGGAAAUGACAUACCAAAGUGGACACCUAGGAAUAUCGGCCAACAGAUAUCCAUCGGUGGCAAUGGACCGGUACCAGUCGGAACGGCAGAGGAAGUUGCCGACGAGCUGGAGCGCUGGGUUGAACUUGCUGAUCUCGAUGGGUUCAAUGUCGGUUACAUUACUACUCCUGGCACUUUCGAGGAAGUAGUAAACCUCUUGGUACCUGAACUAAGACGAAGAGGAAGGUACACCCCUCAGGGAGAGCAAGGCACCAUGAGAGAACGAAUUUUCGGACCAGGCAACUCAAAGGUCAGGAGUGACCAUCCUGCAAGCCAAUAUCGGUUCGACGUGUACGAUGGUAAGUAG